CUCUUUCGUGCUCUUUCCCCGCCGACCUGGAAAACGAAAGAAACUUCAACAUGGCUGCCGAACAUGACCUAACGAUGCGCAUGAUCCCUUUCUUGGAUCGCCAUCUCGUGUUCCCUCUUUUGGAAUUUUUGGAAGUCAAAGAGUUGUAUGCAGUCGACGAUUUGCUCAAGGCCAAAUAUGAAAUGUUCCGUAACUCCAACAUGGCUGAUUUCAUUCUCGAUUUGCAUAAAAAGAUCAACAACACAGACGAAACGCCCAAGGAAAUCGCGGCAAAGAGACAGCAAGUCUUGGCCAAGAUGGAGCAGUUGCAAGCCGAAGUUCAAAAGGUCAUGCAAGUCCUCGAGAAGCCCGAGGUGAUCUCGGUCCUCCGUCAGGAUAAGGUUCAAAACUUGCAGACUCUCAAGGAAAACUACAACUUUACCGAAGAGACGAUCGAUAUCCUUUACGAAAAUGGUCAGUUCGAAUUUGACUGUGGUAGCUAUGGUGGUGCUGCCGAUAUGUUGUACCAUUACCGUGUACUGUCAACAAACGAAGAGCGAUGCUUCUCUGCAACGUGGGGCAAGAUGGCUGCAGAAAUUCUGACCGGUAACUGGGAUGUUGCAUUGGAAGAAUUGCAAAAGUUGAGAGAGACGAUCGAUCACAAGAGUGGCGUCGCUCCUCUUCAGCAACUCCAGCAGCGCACAUGGUUGAUUCACUGGUCGCUGUUCAUCGUCUUCAACCACCCCAAGGGUCGCGACAGCAUCAUUGACAUGUUCUUUGCCCCUCAAUACAUCAACACGAUCCAGACCUCAUGUCCAUGGGUUCUGCGCUACCUUGCCGCAGCUGUUGUGACGAGCAAACGCAGAAAGGCACAAAUGAAGGAAUUGGUCAAGAUCAUCGAACAGGAGGCAUACGAAUACCGGGACCCGGUCACCGAGUUUGUCGAAGCACUUUUUGUCCGCUUUGAUUUCGACGGCGCACAAAAGAAGUUGAAGGAAUGCGAGGAUGUCCUUGCCAACGAUUUCUUCUUGAACGACAUCCAGGAGGAUUUCAUGGAAAGCGCACGACAGUUUAUCUCGGAAACCUACUGUCGCAUCCAUCAAAAGAUCAACAUCAAGGAUAUGACGCAGACUUUGAACUUGGACCAAGAAGAGGGUGAAAAGUGGAUCGUUAACUUAAUCCGGGAUACGCGUGUGGAUGCAAAGAUCGAUUUCGAAGAGAACACUGUUAUCAUGAACCCGCCUGUCACGUCUGUAUAUCAACAAGUCAUUGAACGCACCAAGGGUCUUUCCUUCCGUUCCCAAGUCCUGUCAUCUGCCAUCAAGAGACGCGAAAAUCAGGCCGCAUCCAAAGAAACGACCGCUUAAAAACGAUAACUCAUAUAAACUACCUUUCUCUCUCUCUCUCUCUAUUUCUCUCCCGCACACUAGUCUCUGUAGCCACACUUUUGUUUUCUUUUCUUUCGCGCGCUCUUUCUCACUCACUCACCCUUUCUUUUUUUCCUUGUGUGAUUAAAAAAGCUUACGUUUUUUGUUUUCUUUGAUUACAUUACAUUACAUGCAUUUAUAUAGUCAUCUACAAAAUACUAUUGUUUAUAUGUCAAAUGAUAUGAAGUCAAGGGAGAAUAGAAAUGCGACACGGUGGCAAGCUUUUCUG